CUAGCUCUAACAGUAGAUUAGUAUAGUGAGUUAUUUUAGUCACAGUGAGUCCCCAACGCUUAGCUGAGAAAAAUGUCAAAGCUGGGUUAUCUCGGAACCGCAUUGAGAUCCAACUUUUCGGCUAAGGCGAGCCAUGGCAUCCCUGCCUCGUGGCUUCUUCGCGAAUCGCCGAGAAGGUUCUCGACCGAGGCGGAGCAGCCGCCUCAGAAUUCACCGAUUGAUCCAUUUCUUCAAAACGCCACAGACACAGGUCCGGUCUAUGGGAAGAUAUUUGGAAUUACAAAGCAUACACUGAAGACAGACAUUAUCAACAUGCUUAAAGGGUGCAAUUUGACCAUGGAUGAUGUGAAAGUUAACUACAACUGGAGCUUUAUGCCAAUUGGAGUGAUGGUGCAAUUUCCUUUUCGUAAUGCCUAUGAUCAAGCUUUUAGGAUGAUUGGAAGGAAGGGUCGAUUGUACAAAUUGGAGAGGGGCGAUCGUUCGCAGUGGGACCUUCUUAUGCCCUAUAAUGGAAAAACUGUUUUACUGCAAGGGCUCCCUCGAAAUGCUCUUCCAGAAGAUGUGGAACGCUUCCUGACCGGUUGUGUAUAUGAAGCAUCCUCAAUUGAGAUGUUUAUGAGAGGUGCAUUCCCUGAUGCCAUUAGAAUGGCAACAGUAAACUUUCCUUCAAAGAAUGAAGCAAUGAAUGCAUUCAUCAAAAAGAACAGAGGCAUCUGUCUUAAUAAUCAAAUCUCUGUGCGUGUCCUCCAGUAAUAGUUUGGUCCCUUUUGUCUCCUAUAUCUGGUGGUAUUGGUCGGUGGUUUAAAGCAAGGGUAGGAAUUGUUAUUCUAAUUGCACUUGCUUUGAUUUUGUGCCUUAACAUAGAUAGGAAAUUUCCUAUUUUAUGAGAGGCAUUUUUCUUGGGCAUUUUGAAAUCAAUUUAAAUGUUCUGGAAGCAUGUUAUCUCUUACAGUCUUAUUUAUGUUUUCGUUGAUUAGAGAAAUGAAAGACUCUUGUUUUUGUACAAUUUAAAGAAGUCAAUCGCUAAAUGCAAAUUGGUAAGUGUAGGCAA